CGCUGGCCCGUGCACGGUUGCCCGGCCCACCGCGAGCACACACAAACAUUGAACCCUCUUACCAGCCUGCUACAUAGAUACAUCCUAACAUGCACCCUUAAAACCCACAACCUUGAAUCCGCCAAUACAUACCUACACCCCCUCCUCAUUCGACAUUCAACCACCCACACCUCCUACUUACUCACCUACUUACUACUUUACUUGUUUUCUUAUACACAUCCCCAUCCUCCACAUCCUCUGACUGCAUGAUAUCUCGACAUCAUCAUGCUUGAGGACGACAAGUUUGAAGUCUUCGAACAGAUCGGCCAUGGGUCGUUUGGAAUCAUCCGCCGCGUAAAGCGGAAAGCAGACGGCAAAAUAAUGUGUCGCAAAGAAAUCAGCUACUCCAAAAUGUCGCAAAAGGAGCGCGAACAGCUGCAGGCAGAGCUAUCCAUCCUCAAGGAACUGGUACACCCCAACAUCGUCCGAUACUUCGAGCGCAACCACAUCAAAGCCACCCAAGACCUACACCUGUACAUGGAGUACUGCGGCAAUGGCGACCUGGGCCGCGUCAUCCAAGAUCACAAGAACAAAAACAUCAUGGCCCCCGAGGAGUUUGUCUGGAGCACAUUCAGCCAGAUUGUCAACGCCCUGUAUAGAUGCCACUACGGUCAAGAUGCUCCACCUCCGGGCCACAAUGUCAUGGGCUUGGGAGCCGAUGCCAAACCAGUGCGGAAUCGUGAGAAGCCCAUGAUUUUGCACCGCGAUUUAAAGCCCGAGAAUAUCUUCCUCGAUCAUGACAACUCGGUCAAGCUCGGAGAUUUCGGCCUCUCCAAGAUCCUCCAAUCCCACGACUUCGCCUCCACCUACGUCGGAACCCCUUUCUACAUGUCACCGGAAAUCUGCAAAGCAGAGCAAUACGGCCCUCACUCGGAUAUCUGGGCCCUCGGCUGCAUAAUGUACGAGAUGUGCGCAAAAACACCGCCAUUCAACGCAAAGUCGCACUUUGAGCUCAUUCAAAAGAUCAAGAUUGGCCGCUAUCCAGCCAUUCCAUCUUGUUACUCUCAAGACCUCGCCCAGGUCAUCGCCAAAUGCUUACAAGUAGCACCACACAACAGGCCCGAUACGGCGCAGCUGCUGAACCUGCCCAUUGUCAAGCUUAUGCGCAAGGAACAGGAGGUCGCUGGAUUGGGCAAACAAGUCAAAUUGCAGCAGGCACAGCUGAUCAGGGAAAAACAAGAGUUGGAUGCCAAGUGCACCAUGAUGCGUCGAGAGAUGAACGAUCAGCUGCGGCGAGAAUGGGAGGUCAAGGCCCAGCUGGAGAUUGAACGACGAGUCAAGAUUGAAGUCGAGCGUCGGGUCAAGCAUGAGAUCGAGAGCCUGCAAGGCCAAUUCCAGGCUGAAGUCAAAGCUCAAGUCGAGAAGGCGCUGAAGAAAUACCCUGGCCGCCCCAGCAAAUCCCCCAGGCUGGAACCACGUUCAAGUACACCCACUGGGCCGGAAGAGCACAGCGUCUUGUUCCCCAACGAAGGAGAGACGACGAUGCUUGACCAAUCGACAAGUACCUUGGGCACCGCUUCCAACUUUACAAGCGGUACCGAUCUCUCAGCUCUGUCCCUCGACGACUCCGCCGCGGAUGACUCUACUAUAACAACAAAGCCAGCUCCUAGGCGCCGAAGCCGACAGCACCUCAUUCGAGCUCAGACCAUGGCUGCCCCUGUAACACGAGCCGCUCCAGCUUCUCCCAUGGAUGUCCACAUGUCCGAACCCUCGCCGGCUCCUGUAUCUCUAGCGCCCUUGCAAUUGUCUCCUCGCCGCAACCAUGCGCGCAACAACAUCUUCGCCGCCGCCCAAGAAGGAGCAAGGAAAUGGGCCAACGAUGUUCCAUCUUCACCCACCGAGUCUGACUGGAACUACGAUGUCGAAGAGGACGACGGGAUUCCCGCGCCACCUUCACCUACACGUGCCCGCAGCGCUUCAGGUGGAACUCGCAUGGCGAACUCGGAUCCCUUCAAACCUCUGAAUACCAACCUGGCACCGAAACCCACUCACCCACGUCUUGCAAGUGCACCAUCUUUCCCACCCAAGGGCCCCAAGGCUCGGCCUCAUUCCACUGUUCCCGUAGUAACCACAUCCCCCUCCCGUCCGCGGGCUCGUCCCAAUUCCAUUGCAGAAUCGACCAGUCCAGUUCGCAAGGUGGCACCCAAGGCACCCGAAUACGGCCUCAAGUCGAAAAAGACUGAGGGUAUGCGAGCUCAAGCGCUCAAGAACAACGCUGGGUCUGGUCCCCAGGGCCGUACGCUCGUGGAGCUCCAGCAAGCGCGAGGCAUUCCAACGCAAGCAAUGAGUGGGGAUGAAGGCAAAAAGGCUGCCUUCAGGUCUGGUAUUAGAAGUCCGGCCAAGACACGCACCAGUGGACCCAUGGCUGCUCUGCCCAAGGAACCCUCCGUCUGGGAUCCCUCCGAUCCCGACGUACCCAGCCCAUUCAUGAAACGGCAAAUCAAGGUGGUCUUUUAAAGACGUACAUAUAAUGUCUGCAUGUCCU